AUGGCGGAUUCUAUGAGUUUAACCGACCCAGGUGCCAAAUCGAAGCAAACCAAUCAUGUACACAGGAGCAGAAAGAUACCCAAUUCUCCAAAUUGCUCAAAGAUACCGGCUUGCCAUCGAUCUCGAUCGGCUGCAAUUGAUGUUGUAUUGUUUAUUGCUGUGGUUGGUGCUUUCGGGUAUUUGCUAUUCCCGUAUGUGAAGAUUAUAUCUGUUAAGACCAUUGAAAUCGUUGGAAUUAUUAUGUAUGUACUAAGGGAGGAGAUUUCUCAUGCUCCUUUGGUUUAUGGAUGUAUGGGACUUAGCAUUUGUUGUGCAGCAUUGGCUGCUUGGGCUCUGUUGGCCUGUACCAGUAGGAAAUGUGGCAAUCCCAAUUGCAAGGGCCUUCGAAAGGCCGCUGAAUUCGAUAUUCAGUUGGAGACAGAGGAGUGCGUGAAGAAUUCAGCUUCAGUGGUUAAAGAUGGAGUUAAGAAGGGCCUAUUCGAAUUGCCUCGCGAUCACCACCGCGAAUUGGAAGCCGAACUUAAGAAGAUGGCCCCUCCUAAUGGCAGAGCAGUGCUCGUCUUUCGGGCAAGGUGUGGGUGUUCUGUUGGUAGAUUGGAAGUUCCGGGACCGAAGAAGCUUAAAAAGAUCAAGAAGUAG